UGAGGAGAGACGGUGCUGAAAGAAGGACUUCCCUGAUCCUCCAUCAUCUGCAGAAAGAGAAAAACACAUACGCGCGUGCACACGCAGCCUCCCACAUACACGCACAAGCACACUGUGCAGAGCGCUAGCAAGGAGCUUUAAACCAUUCCCCCGAUAUUGAGACAAAAGGACUCUAACCUGCAACAAUGGAAGAAAACAUGGAUGAAUCGCAAAGCCAGAAAGGUUGUAAGGAGUGUUGUGAACGAUGUGUGGGUAGCCUCCCCUGGGCAUCCCUCAUCGCCACCAUUCUCCUCUACAUGGGCGUGGCCUUGUUCUGUGGAUGUGGCCAUGAGGCUUUGAGUGGAACCGUCACCAUCCUCCAGAACUACUUUGAGGUCAUUAGAGCCCCUGGGGAUUCAUUGGAUGUGUUCACCAUCAUUGACAUCCUGAAGUACAUCAUCUAUGGCCUUGCAGCUGGGUUCUUUGUCUUUGGAGUGCUGUUGCUGGUGGAGGCGUUUUUCACCACUGGAGCAAUUAGAGACCUGUAUGGAGAAUUCAAGAUCACUGCUUGUGGACGCUGCCUGACUGCAUUUCUGAUGUUCCUGGCCUACCUUUUUUUCCUUGUGUGGCUGGGCGUGACAGCAUUCACUAGCCUGCCUGUCUUCAUGUACUUCAAUGUUUGGUCCAUGUGCAAGAACACCAGCCUGGUGGAGGGAGCCAACCUUUGUCUGGACCUCCGCCAGUUUGGGGCUGUGACCAUAUCUGAGGAAAGGAAGGUUUGUACAGGAUCUGAGAAGUUCUUCAAGAUGUGUGAAUCAAAUGAGCUCGACCUGACCUUCCAUCUGUUCGUGUGUGCAUUGGCCGGAGCGGGAGCAGCUGUGAUAGCAAUGGUCCAUUUUCUGAUGGCAUUAGCCGCUAAUUGGGGUUACCUAAAGGAUGCCAGUCGGAUGCAGAAAUAUGAAGAUAUCAAGUCAAAGGAGGAGCAGGAGCUGCAUGACAUCCACUCCACACGCUCCAAAGAACGCCUCAAUGCCUACACAUAAACACGUGAUGGGAAACAAUGCAUGCACUUACCCAACAGACAACAUUUUAUCCAAACACGCAAACUUGCAGCACACAGUCAUGGAUACAAGUAUAACGUAAUAUUAUACAAUACACUUCAAUUUAAAAUAUAUACACGCCUGUGGUAGGCUUUAAAAAUGAAGAAGACAAAAAAAAAAAAAAACAUUGAUAUCCUCCGUGUGUACCCUGCUGAUCUCGUGCCUUGGUGAUAUAUGAUUACAUGGUAAAACACAAAAUAGAACCCAUAGAGACAUGAAGUUAAUAUGAAUAGUAUGAUUUUAAUAAAACCAUAAAUUCCAAUGGGACAUCGUAGGUGAUCUGAUCACAAAGUAUUAAGUCUUAAGUUGAACAAAUGAAUAACCAGAUAAUUCACAUAUUGAAUCAAGCAAGCCGACAUAUAUACUAUAGCAAUCAAAAUAACACAUUAUGAACUCACCCCCAGAAAUCCAAAGGUCCAUUAGAAUCAAGACCUUUCCUUUGCAUACCAAAGCAGUAGACUGGCAGUUAAUAGUAAACUAGAUUGAAUGUACAGUGCUAAACAAAUUCAUUCGACCACCUGUUGUAGAAGUCAAAACACGGGCUUGUCUUAGAGGGGAAAAAUGAAGAGAAUACAUUUUACCACCAUAAAAAAUCAUCUAAGGAAAUAACAUCUUAAACCACAAAAAUGUUAAACUUUAAAUUUGAGACCUAAUGUAUAACAAUAUUAAUUACUGUUUACUGUUGUAUUUUUUUUUUUUUUUUUUUGCCACAUUAACACCACAAAGAUUUUUUUUAAAAGUGUUGCAUAAUAUUACAUAAACCUUACAAACAUGCAGUGGUCUGACAAAAAAUGUGAAGCACUGUACAUAAACUGAACAAAAACAGAAACCAUCAUUGCAAAUGUCUGCUAUUCACAUGCCGCACUGAAGCAAUAAUCAGCAGAAGACGCACGGAAGACUUCAUUGUCUCUAAAGUAAUCUUUCCAUGGAUGUUGGGUACCGUAUUUUGGCGACCAUAAAAGGUGCAGGCCCAUUUUCAGGUUAUUAUUGCAUUAUUGCAACCAUAUUAUUGGGCGCAUGAAAAAAAACUACCGUGCGUGAGUGCUAGCAUGCACGCUAGCAUGCAUGCUACAAUGUGUUGCUUUUUUUGUUUUAAGGCAGCAAGAGCAAAACUGACUUCAAUUGUGCUUUAUUAAAGAAUUUCAUAAUGUAGUCACGUCUUAAUCAAUCCACAAAUCCAUCAAAGUCCUUAUCUCCUCUACCCAAAUCGAACAGCUGGGCUAGAUCUACAUCAAACAUGGCAGCUCAACCUUUCUUUAGGCAGGUCUCCCUCCGGGCUUCGUUAGCGUGUCUGUUCGCAGUAGAUGCCAUUUUCAAGGGUCCUUAGCCAAACCAAUGUUGUUUAGCCUAACACACACACUCGAACGUUACAGCUACUGGGGGCACACCCCCAUCACACGUAACCUUAUCCCUUUAAGGUUCUCAUGCGGCUUUCACUUACUGACUUGCCUUUUAAUAAAUUCAGUCUGGCACGUUUUGUUACUCAGUCCACAUUAUUAGAUGCACCGUCCAUUUUGGAGAAUUUUUUUAACUUUUAGGUGCGCCUUAUGGUCGUGAAAAUACGGUAAUAUGAAGACACCGCCAUUAAUUAACCGCAAUCCCUACAGUGCACAGAUCUCUUUCUCACACAAAUACACGCACACGUGCACACAGACACACAUACAAUACAUAAAUGUGGCUGAAUGGUCAGUGUUGUGCAGGCAGUGUUGUAUGGUGGUGUCAUGCUGUGAUAUGUCAUUUACCCACAUUACAAUGAGUGGUAUUGCAAAGAAAUAUGGUUUCCGGAAAAGUUGGUACUAAAAUGAGUACAAAUGGAUAGCUUGACUCACUUCCAAACCCUGACCAAAUCUUUUCCCAACUCUUAUCCGAAGCCCAGUUUCAUCAGUUGUUUCUUAUUUUACUUACUUUCUUUAAAAUAAUUAUUGUAUAUGCACAUAGCACGGUUUGACUAUUUUUGUUUGUUUGCUCUAUAAAUAUAAUUUAUUGUUUAACUCAUGAUAUGAAUCUAAAUAUUCUUUAUAUGUAUUUUCUACAUAAGGUGACAGCAUAUGCCAGUCAAUUGAUCAUAGAUUUGUGCAAUUUUUACUCUUUCAUACAUGAUGUCGGACUUGCUGGAUUCACAAUUAGCACUUAAGUUGGCCGGUGAUUUGAAACAACAGUGAAAUUUGGCUUCUUUCCCUUUCCCUCUCUGCCAAUGUUUGUGUAAACUCGUGAUUUGUCCAGAAAAGGCACAUCUUAGCAGCACAAAGUCUUUUAUAAUGUCAUUUCAAUGUAAUAUUGUCUUCAAGUCUGUUCAGACUACAUCUUUCUCACUUUUUGGAAUUUUUGCCACAUUUUUACCAGCAUUAUUCAUGUGUAAUUUUAACAUUAGGGUACAUUUUAAGGGCAAGCGUGUAGUGGGGUCCGGGUGAGGGUCUUUAUCACGUUCACAGUUUCAUGUGAUUCUGCACCUACAACUACACAAACACACACAUGUAAACACCAGUCAUUGUGAGACUUUGAUUCUAUGGUUUUGCUAACAUGUUUAAUAGUUUUAUCUUUGUAUAUCAGACUCGAAUUAUACCAAAAUUUCUCUUUUGUCAUGAAAUGAAUUCAGAUCCUCACUAGAACUGGCAACUCGUCAUUGGUAUCAUGAAGAGAAUUGUUUACGAUAUCUUGGCUUCAUUGUGGCUUACUGUAGGUCAGGAUGAGCAUGUUGUUUUCCGGUCCAAACUAGAUCUUUUCAGAUGUAAAUGACUUUUCAGAAGCAGAGAUCUUUCGAGAGCCUUUACUUGAUGUGAUGGAAAGAGAUCACACGGGAGGAAAACUGUUGUUAGCUUUAAAAAGUAAUAAUUUUGUAUGAUUGAAUUGCUUAUUCUUUUGAGCACACCGCAUUACCUUGAAAAAGAUCUACAUUGCGACGUUAUUGUAAUUCUAUAACGGGGCAUGUUUUGAAACUGAUUCGUAAAAUGAUUGUAUGGUACUAAUAAGCUCUGAGGGAAUGUGAGUCUCUAUCUGCCAGUAGAGAUCGUUAAAGGAUUAAUAGCUAUAUUGUUGAGAUGAGGAUGGUCGAUUGAUCAAUAGAUUGAAGACGAGACAACCAGCAGAGAAAUACACACAUAUGCACACAAACACACAUUUUACUAUUGCCAUCUCUCUGAGCCAUAACGCUGCUCUUUUACUGUUCGCAGAAACAUUGAAGUAUUUUAAGAUCUUUUAAUCCUAUUUUUCUCAGAUCAUUAUAAUACGAAAAGGUUAUCUAAAAAGUUGAAUUCAUGCCUAGUUUUCUUAACAGUAAUAUGCACUGCAACUACAUAUAUUCUGUAUAAAGAUAUACAUAUGUGCAGCCAAGAAAAGGAAUUUCUGAAAUGUAACAAAUCUGAAGGAUGACGUAUAGUGUCAUUGAUCAACUCCUCACCAUUAGAACUGCAUUUACACACACAUACACGCACACACACAAAUCACAUACAAGUAUUUUGUGAAAAGUUAAAGUGGUUAACAAGACAAAAUGUCAUGAAUUGUCAAGAAAAACAUAAAAUGUCAUGAAUUCGGCAAAGCAUGUUGGACACCUUAUUUGUCUAUGAAUUGAAACAUAGGCGGAGAUCGAGAGGGAGCAGGGGUGCAGUCCCCCUCGGUGGCCGAAAAAUGUCAUUGCAUGUAAGUGACUUUUCUAGAAAUUAUUUAAAGGGGAAGUUCGAAAUUUUAGACAUUAGGUUUAAUCUUUGAGUUAGCGGGGAUUUAGUCGGUGGAGUUAAUUUCAACAAACUCCGUGCAGUUUGUUAUUCAGUGGUUUCAGUGCUCCAGAAAGGCUAAGCUAGCGCUAGUCAAUGGUGCCUGCUUAGCACACCAAUAAAAAAACAACAUAUGCAAGCAUGAGAAUACCGAUGACCCAUGUAAUCAAUACUGUUUGCUAUGUUUUCAGGAUAGUGUUAUUAAAACUUAACGUUGCACGUCAUUAAAGCCCCUUUCAUUCACUGAACUUAAAUCUUGUGAUUUAAACAGAUAGCCCUUAUGUCUGAAAGCAAUUUUCCAGGUCAAUGACACACACAUUAACCGGGUCGCAUCCUAGAAUAAUGUCCGGGAUUUACCCGGAACACGGCAUGUGUGAAAACAGCCGUUUAAAUCCCGGGUCACAGCGCAAAGGCUGAUGACGUAAAUAUCAUGGCGGGCUGAUCGUCAUUUCCUCUUUUUUCACAGUAAGAGGAAAAGCGGUAAACAAACAUCGCAAUUAUAAACAUGGCAAACUGGCAAGAUAGCUAAAUUAAACUGGAAACAUCUCAAAAUUAAAUUGCUACUGGAUCUUAGAGCCAAGGAGGAGACAGUUCAUCGUCCAUCUUUGGAAAUGUGUGGUUUAUUUUGUUGCCGAUGCCGACCAAAAAUGACGUAAUGUUAUAAAUUCCAGCCCCUGCCCUCUGCCGUACAGAGAGCCUCUAGUAGCCAACACGGGACAAGUCUGAAAUUGUCCAACACGGGUAAUUCCCGGUACAUAUCCCCAUGUCCGAAAGCCAUGACACGGGUAAAUCCUGCGUCAUCUUAUACGGGAAUUCAGCAGUAUUUAAGUCUGAAAGGGGCUUAAUUGUAGUAUGAACAGCAAGAUUUGUAAUCCAGCAGCUCUGCAGGGAGCAGGGCGGAGUGAUAGCACAUCGUUUUUUUUUCACCGCUGAUUUUUUUAUGUCGUAGCCAGCAGCAAGUAAAAAGAGUUCAUAUUGUUUCUUGUUCUGCAUCGGGAAUCUGUGGAAACAUUCCUUUGCCCAUUUCUUCUGUCUGUUUCCACAGCCUCUAAAUGCACAUUCCACCAUGCUGCAUUCGAGGAAGUUGGGAAGUCGAAGUUUCCAACCUCCAGCCUGGAAAUAUAUCAUUAGAUCGCCAAAAAAAAAAGUAACCAGACAUCACGAGUUAAUUCAGUCUGACGUCGCUCGACAAAAUGGCAGUGCCCGUGGAAAAGCAGACCUUCAAUAGUAGAACUAAACAAGGCAGUUUACAGUGUGUGCUAUUUACCUCAGCCAUCGUUUUUCCUCCACUAUUUGAUCGCUUACAAGAAGGCAGGUUUGCUAGAGGCCAAAAUGUCUUUUGAUUGCCAAGACAAAAAAAACAACUUGUCGCGAUCAGCCAUCUUUGAUGUUUACAUUUGCUUUAAACGCUACAAGUAUGGCUAUGUUAGAUCUGUUAAUAUCGUUUUAUAUUAGCAUGCUAAUGUUGUACCAUUGACUCGCGCUAGCUUAGCCACUCUGGAGCCCUGAAACUAAGAAAUAUCUGAGAAACUGCACGGAAUUUGUUGAAACCAACUCCACCGACCAGUUACACCUCUGCUAACUCCAAGAUUAAGCCUAAUAUUUAAAAAUGCUGAACUUCCCCUUUAACAAUAUUACAUUUUAAAUCAAGUCAAGUUAGGAAUUCUAGCAGUGUGUAAAUGCAGCCUAGAUGAGGCACUAAAGGUAACAAUCACCAGAUUGAGACUGUUCUGGUGUAUUUUGGCUGAAUACAAGUCAGUAUUUUUAAGGGUCUCGGUUUACAGUAAGAGUAUUCAUUUCAUAUCAUUUCACUGCCUGACAAUGGAUGUCUUGUCAGUGUUUUUAACCUCAGAUACAAACAAAUGUUUUUGUGCACUUAUUGACCAUUGUGAGCUCUCUAUCUCUUAUUCUUGCUGUGUGUGCAUUGACGUCCCCUUUGCGGGACCUGUGUAUAGUCUUGCGGCAUUGGUAUAACCUGAAGAAGUUACAACGAUGAACAUGAAUUAAUUCAUUCAAAUGAAGAAAAUCUUAUUCUAGGUUAUUUAAAAAAGAAAAAAGAAAAAAAGACAGUGAGUCUAGUUGUUGUUUGUGGCAUGGUUAUGCAUUUAAUGGUCAUAAUUUUAAUGAUUAAACCGUACAAAAAAAUAUUUUCCACUAGCGCUGUUCUGCUAUUUAUGUUAAGUUUUUCACUUUUUAGCUUGCAGUAUUGAAGUCCUAGUUGCUAAUGGUGUUGCUAAGCCAGCUAGCUUGUUUAGUUGUUCACCACCAGAGCAAUAUAUUGUAACUGUUUAACAAAAAUAACAAAGAUGAAUCUUAACCUUACAUUUUUGGCAUAUAAGUGCAUGAUAAAACUGCAAGUCGUAACUGAUAUGAUUAAUAGUGUUAUUUCUUGUCUCUCAAGAGAUUUGCAGCUAUGAUGUAAUGUAUUGCUCUGGCGGCCCAUAAUGCACCAUCCCCCUUCAGCUCACAUCUUUUGCCUCUUUCUCUCACAUGCAGUGCUUGAUGAACAAUUUGCUUUUAGCAAACUAGAGCCCUUGUUAAGGAGGUGUCAGUUCUUGAAACUGUCAUUAAAUUAUUACGUUACCUAGCAACAAGCACAAUCAGCAAAGUUCAUGUAGUAGGCAACGCAACAUGCCUACAAAGAGAGCAAAAAAAAAAAAAAACCCCACAAAAUAUGAUCAAUUAAAAUCUAGUUCAGCUACAUUUAAACAAGAACAAAAUUGUUUUUGCCCGACUGGUGCUAUCAUGGUUCUAAAUAUAAUGUAAAGAACUAGAAAUCUAUAGUGGUUUAAGAUUGCCACAGUCAGUGUUAGAAAGUGGAAGAGGAUGUGAGCUGCUAGCUCACCAUGUUUGAAUCUCCUUGUGAAAAUGUUUGUAUUAAAACAUGCUAACCCUGCGUCCUUCUAGUCUACCUUCUGUCCAGUGAUGAAUUGGACUCAGAACUACCAUUCCACCACCUUGGCUUUAGUUGUGUGAGAUUUUAGCAUGAAGCAAACCUUCAAAAAACUAAAAUGUGAAUUUUUAUCAUUCUGUGAAGAUGUUUUUAUUUUAUUUUUGUCUACCUGGAAUUCUACAGUGUGAGUUCUGAAGCUCUAAUAGUCAACUCUGAAUUACAGGAUGAACAAUCAGCUACUCUGCUCCUCGAUUUGUACAGCUCUUGACCAUCAUGAGCUCCGCAAACUACUACACUACAAAGCUAAACACUCAUGAUUCUGCAACCUCAAAAUGAUUAUGAGCUAUAAUACAAACUACAAGGUUGGACAUUUUGGGCGUAGGGAGAUUUUGUUCUUCGUUUCCAUAGUAGACUUUUUGUAUUCCACUCUAGUUGCUUAGUAGCAGGCUUUCUUUUAUUCACUCCCCCAUUUUUGUACAUAUCUGUGCCAACAGCUUGGGCAGACAGUGGCUUUUUUUAUUUGUAAAGACAUAAACUUGCUUGCAUAUAUAAAUAAAAUGAAAUAUUACACUUGUGUACUUGUUGAUAAGGAAA